UACACAGCUGCCCCCAUUCCUUUUAACUUUCUUCUCCUGUAGGCAGUAGGCAUUGCCGCCGCACAGUUGCUCACUCUCGCAGCGGUAGCCCUUCGGCCAACAAAAACCUUCGGUUCAGCCGUUAAUCGUCGGCCGCUUUCUUCCUUGGGAGCUUUCUUUACCGGGCGCUUUCUUCCUCGGGUGUUUCUUCUUCGGGUUCAUCUAUCUUUCGGCCAUUCUCAGCUGGUCGAAACCCUGGUAAAACCUCUGCAGAAGCAGGCGAAAAGAAAGCAAGGAGAAUGAAUAGUCCAAAUCCAGUCCACGACGAAGAUGAUCAUGAUGAAGGCGAGGUUUUCCUCGACGAGUCUGAUAUCAUCCGCGAAGUUACCGUCGACGACGAAGAUCUUCCCGAUGCGGACGAUUAUGGUGGCUCUGAUGAUGAAAUUGCUGAAGGAAUUGAUGACUCUAUGCACAUAUUCACUGGUCAUACUGGUGAACUCUAUACCGUUGCCUGCAGUCCAACGGAUCCUACAUUAGUGGCAACUGGGGGCCAGGAUGACAAAGGGUUUCUUUGGAAGAUUGGUCUAGGAGAUUGGGCUUCUGAACUCCAGGGUCACACUGAUUCUGUAUCUAGUUUAGCCUUUAGUACGGAUGGACUGUUGCUUGCAUCUGGGGGGAUGGAUGGAUUUGUCCAAAUUUGGGAUGCUUCAUCAGGAAACUUUAAAUAUAAAUUUGAAAAUCCUGGAGGGGAAAUUGAGUGGGUCAGAUGGCAUCCAAGAGGGCAUCUUGUCUUGGCUGGUUCUGAGGACUCUAAUGCCUGGAUGUGGAAUGCUGAUAAAGGUGCCUUUCUUAAUAUGUUCUCUGGACAUGGCGGUAGGGUCACUUGUGGAGAUUUUACCCCUGAUGGCAAAACAAUCUGCACUGGAUCUGAUGAUGCAACCUUGAGGAUAUGGAAUCCAAGGAGUGGAGAAAAUGUUCAUGUUGUAAGAGGUCAUCCAUAUCACACUGCAGGACUGACGUGCCUGGCGCUGAGUUCAGAUUCUACUCUUGCCAUUACUGGUUCGCAGGACAAUUCUGUCCAUGUUGUGAAUAUAACAACUGGGAAGGUGGUUAGUUCUCUGGUUUCUCACUCAGAUUCAGUUGAAUGUGUUGGGCUUGCACCAAGUUCCCCUUGGGCUGCAACGGGAAGCUUGGAUCAGAAGCUUAUCAUUUGGGAUCUGCAGCAUUCAUCACCUCGCUCCACAUGUGACCAUGAGGAUGGAGUUGCAUGCUUGACAUGGCUUGGCGCAUCUAAAUACCUAGCUACAGGAUGUUUGGAUGGAAAAAUAAGAGUAUGGGAUAGUCUCUCUGGUGAUUGCAUAAGAACUUUCAGUGGACACGCUGGUGCCAUUCAAUCUCUCUCUGUGUCUGCUAAUCUGGAUUUCCUUGUUUCGGCUUCUAUUGAUGGAACUGCAAGAGUGUUUGAGAUUGCAGAGUUUCGGUAAGCAGAGCAAGUUGUUCAAUAUAUGAGAUGGAAUUCAAAGGAAAUUGAAAGGCAUAUUCCUGUCAAAGACUACAACACAGUGUACUCACUAUUUAUGCUUAAAAGUAAUUAAAUAAACACAAAGCUCUCAAGUGUGUUGUAUGUUAUGUUUAUUGAUUCAUUGUCUGAUAUCUUUAUGCUAAUUUUUGCAUGUCGAAAUUAAGUUUUGAGAACA